AUGACACGUUAUAGUGAAGAACUUCAUAAUUUUGAGCACAAACUUAAAAAUGCGUUUGAUGAUUUCUUGAAAAGAAUUGGGUUGUACAGCGAUGAAAAUAAAGAGAGCCAUUAUAAAAACAAAAAAAUUACUUUCUUUAAUCCAAAGCUGGAUUUCCAUGAAAAUGAUAAGGAAUAUGUGGUUUUUACCGAGUUACCUGGCGUCAAAAAAGAAGAAAUUUGUGUUGAUCUCAUAGACAAUGAUCGUGUGCUCAAUAUUUCUGGUGAAAUAAAACAGGAUGAAAAGUUAGAAAAAGGAAAAGCUCAUAUUGAAGAACGUCGUUAUGGAUGUUUUCGUCGAUCUAUUGUUUUAUCCGAAAAUGUUAAUCCAGAUAAUAUCACUGCUAAGUUUCAUGAUGGAGUUUUGAAGCUCAUCAUUCCUAAGCGGGAGCCUACCAAGUCCAAGAAAGUUUCGAUUCAGUAA